AUGAGCUGGCGCGCAGAGUCCACGUACCAGAAGCAAUCUGCUUUCGCGGAGGAUGAGAAGGAGUUGUUGAAGCUGGCGAAAAAGCUGCGAGACAUCCUCAAGCUUGAGGAGAAGCAGAAGGCUGGUGAAAGCUUGGCGCAGAAUCAGCUGGACAAAGUGACCUCGAAGCAAGGCCUGCUAAACGAGGUCACUGCUCUGGCAGGAAAGCUUCCAGGCGACUCUGACGUUCUGGACAAGAUGCAGGACAUCACGGCCUUGCUGCCGGCGUCCACUGUCCAGUCCAUCCAGCGCAAGAGAAGCAAGGAGCAGGAGAGGCGGCAGAAUCGCGAGAAGAAGCAGGACGAGGAGAGGCGAGCGCCAGUCUUCAUGUGCCGCCAUGAUCGGCCGAUCCUGAGCGUGUGCGUGUCAGCAGACAGCAGGCACCUCUUCACCUGCUCCAAGGACGGGUACCUCAUCUGCUGGUCCUUGGAGCAAAAGCUCCUGAAGGCGAUCCUCACCUUCGCAGGCCACACCGGGGCCGUCUUCACCUUGGAUAUCUCCUCGGCUCCGCCGCUGCUGAUGAGCGGGGCGGCGGACGGGCAAGUGAAAUUUUGGGAGGGCGAUCCCUCGCGGCUCGCGCCCAUGAGCGUCACCUCGCCCAAGAGCACCUUGGAGCACGGAGGCCGCGUGAGGGUCCUGCGAUGGUGCCCCUCUGAGGAGGGAGCGGAGGGGCGGCGCUUCGCGAGCGCCUCUGAGAAGCUGGGGUCAAAACCUGCGGUCAUCGCGGUGUGGCAUGCGCUGGCGAGCGGGGAGACGAAGCAGCUCUUCGAGAUCAAGGAUCUGCCUGGCAAAGCUAACGACUUGCAGUGGGGCAGAGGCGGAAAGCCGAAGCUCUUCUCCGCCCACGAUAAUGGCGCGAGCCUCACGUUUGCCGGGGUGGGAGGCCGCGAGGCUGGGCUGGGCCACUUUGGCCCGGUGCAUGGGCUGCUGUCCCUGCCGAGGAUCGGCAAAGGUGCCUUUGCCACCGUGUCCGAGGACGGGUGCCUCAAGGUCCACGGCCUCGAUGGGAACUUGCUCCACAGCGACACCUUGUCAUAGUGUUCGGGAGCUUUGUCGCACGGACAAGCCUGUGGCUGAUUGCGAUCGCUCAACCACAGCACCGCGGCAAAGCUGCGCAUUCCUGUGUGGUAGUUUCUCAUCCAGAGCAACCAUCUUUUUUCAAGAUGUGGCUGUGGCUCAAAAAACC